CGCACGCAAGUUACAUUAUGUUGAUAUUGCGCAUCCGAUCGAGAACAACGGAGACUCACAUACUUGACACAAAAUGGCUCAUAAAAGAUUAAUUAAGGAAUUACAAGACAUUCAGAGGGACCCACCAGCAAACUGUUCAGCGGGAAUGGAUAAUGACAUUAUGCAUUGGUCAGCCACAAUAAUGGGUCCUAAAAACAGUCCGUAUGAAGGAGGAGUAUUUUGUCUCACAAUCCAAUUUCCCACAGAUUAUCCUUUCAAACCACCUAAAGUCAACUUCACAACAAAAAUAUAUCAUCCCAAUAUAAAUAGCAAUGGCAGCAUUUGUCUCGAUAUUCUAAGAUCACAAUGGUCACCAGCAUUAACAAUAUCAAAAGUCUUAUUGUCAAUUUGUUCGAUGCUUGAUGACCCAAACGCAGACGACCCGUUAGUGCCCGAAAUCGCCAGAGUGUACAAAGUCGACAAGUCAAGGUAUAACAAUAUAGCCAAGGAAUGGACGACGAAACACGCCAUGAGCGACGAAAAGGAUAAAAGCAAGUCAAAAACGGCGAUGAAAGGAAAGUGAAUUGUGGGGAACAUUCUGAUGGCUGUGGUCCUCUAGUUUCUAUUGAUUUAUGCUUAUUACCAAUGUCUUUAUUGUUCUUUUUGUGCGGGAACCCAAAACAAAGGGAGGGGGAGGGCUGUACAAAACACCCACACACACCACACACAUAUGUGAUCAAAUUUCUAUGUAUCAUUCAUGUUCCUUCCUCUUUAAAUGCUGGUCAGGCGUGAUCCGUAGAUUACACUUCGCACAACAUCUAUGGAUGCAUUUCAGGGAAGCACCGUUGUAAUUAAUGAGUCAGUUUGAAUCUGUGGACAGAUACGAAGCAGUCAUCGGGACCUGCUACGCCUUUUGGAUAACGCUACGUGCAACUUUGUUCCUGGAUUUUUUGCACUUUAUCACACUUUCUCCAAAUCAAUGUAAUACUAGCCUUUAAUCUAAGCAGAUGCUGUCGCUUCAUCUUUGCUGUUACGUGAAACGUCAGCAAUACGUCUGAUGCGGAAGACUACACACUUUGUCGCGAUCGCAUACACAUUAUACCCUUCUUUUUAUUUUUGGAUGUUUUCUUUUUAUCAACCAGGAUUCAGUGCGUUUUUUUUCAUGAAUAAAAACUGCUGCCUGACAUUCGACGAUAAAAAGAAAACAAUUACCAAUGCAAGACCGGAGUGUAUAGGCGGUGGCUGCAAAGUGUGUAGUCUCUCUGCAUCAGACCUGUUGCUGGCAUUUUGCAUACAGUAUCAGGCUAAUUAAGGCAAAGACAACAGCUGCAGCCUCCGCCCAGAUUAUAGGCUAAUGCAUUACUCGUACAUGAAUUUUGACAAACAGAACGUAAGUGUACACCUGGAAUACUGUGAAAGAUAGAGCGAUAGCUGGUGUUUAAUUACUCCUUGAAAGCAUCUGCCUACAGUUGGCCUACAGAGCCUGUGCUGGUAGUGGUACUUGGCUUGCUGGCAUUGCAGUAUCUCACACAUUGCACGAUCACGAUGGGGACACAGUAUCGCAAUGCGUGAUAUUUUUUAACCUUAAAUUUAAAUUUACCUUGUGACUGGUCUGGAGAUGUGUAAUAAUGUAACCAGUGAUCAGAAAAAGCUUAAAGGGAUUGUUUCACUUUGUGAGCAGCUGAUUUAAAACAUUCUCAAACAAAGAUGAAACGUGUGUGAGAGCCUGUAUUUGUCCUCAAAAACCCUGAAACAGACCACAAUAUAGAAUGAAAAACUCAUAUAUUAUACUCACGUGGCAAUUUAUUAGCCUGAUUUUGAGAACCGUCUGUAAGACGCAUUCAGCUUAUGCCCAGUUUUCCCAAAUUCAAAAAGUCGGUUAGCUGUCUUGACUCCCUUCUGCUUAGUGUAUCACCGAUGCACACCCUAUUAUUAGCUGCACUGUACAUUCAGUGUACCUUGAACACACUUUAUGUAGGUCAUGCUGGUUUCAUUUAGAGUUUGUGUGUUGUGGUACACAGAUUAGCUGUAUACUCAUAUUCAUUGAAACCAACCCCCAAUUAUUUUCAAAAUUUGGUUUACAUCUCCAAACAUUUAAGAUAGUUCCUUUAGAUAUGAUACUUUGAACUUUUGGUAUUGCAUUUUUACACUAUAAUCCUAAUGUUAAGCCCAUUUUCAAGAUCCAAAAUCAGAGUUUUUGAAAUCAGAACAAAGUGAACCGAUCACUUUAAGAGGGAUCAACUACAAUGGCUCGACCUCCCCAAUGAUCAACAUUGUCGGGCAACUGACUGUAACACAUUCUGGUCGUGGGCAGAAUGUAUAUCCUGUAAAGAUUCUGUAAAGAUUUCCUGUAAAGAUUCAUAGAUGUUGCUUUUCCCUGUGCAAUUGUUGCUAGCGUUGCAAAGAGCGCCAUCUACAUAUCAUGCCUGACCAGCUUGUAUAAACAGGGGACCGAUUGUCUCUUCUCGAGUCUAUUCAAUCACUCAUUAUUAUUCCAAUAUUUAUCAUGUAGAUUUGCAACAAAUUAUUCCCUGAAAAUUGCAUUCAUGAAUGACUUAACAUCGGCAUAUUACUUGUAUUAUGCAUCCAAGGCAUUUAGAGUUAUACCUCGGUGUUUCUUCAAACUAGUCAAACAUCGGUUAUAAGUUUGCAAAAGGACUUAUUUUCAUGCCAUCAUGUUUUAUUUUAAAAAAUUCAAAAUAUAAAAUAUAAUUCAUAAUUUAAAAAAAAUUGCAAACUGUUUCAUGGUGGGAAAACAAACUAGGAACAUAUUGAUCACAUUCAGUUUGCUUUUGAAAUGGUACUACGUUUUUGUUUAUUUCUACAUUUAUUGUAGAAACAUGAACAUUUGUGAUGUUUAAAGUGGUUUACUGAUGCAAUUGUUAGUAUUUAAAGUCCAAUAUAAACUUGUGAUUUGUAAAGGAAUUAAAAACAUUUUUAUCACCAUGAUAUUAGCUUGAGUAUCCUUUUGAAACACCCACUAUCUUGUAGUUCUAUAUAUAUAUUUUUUUUAUCGGAAUGAGUUUGUAUUAUAAAGUAUUCAUGUAGUAUGUACCUCAUGGUUAUUGUCCUUUGAAUACGUUAGGCCCCUAUUAUAAAGAGUUUUUUGGGGUAAAAAUCCAUUUGAUCUCAGUGAACAAUAUAUUUAUCUGAAUCAAAUGAAGAAUCAGUCCCCCACACCACCCCAUGUAAUCUAUCACUUUGAAAUGCAAUCAAACCUAAUUUGAAUGCAAACUUGAUUGCAUUUGAAUUUGUGUUAUUGCAGGUUCUCGGAAUUGAAUGCAUUUCAUGCCCGAUGUGGCAGAUCCCAUGCAAUGUAGCACGAAUGAAUUAUUGGUCCCUUUGUUUGCCAUCAUGCGAAAUCAAAUGCAAAUGAAUGCAACUAUUCUCAGUUGAUUGCAAAUGCUUUCAUUCAAAUGCACUUUGAUGGUCAUUGGUUGAAUGUGAUCUGUCAUUUCAUUUCCACCAUUCUUGUGCUUGGUGCUUCGACUGGAAUGAUGGCAUGGCUGCAAUCAAAUCACGUCUUGUAAAGUUGCAUUAUGCCAAGGAAGCUGAAUGCACCCAUUACGUUCAACCUCAAAUUCAACUGACAUUUUGUUCAAAUCCCUCCCUUUCCAUGCAAAGCAUUAAAUUCCUAACUUCAGACCACAUAUUCAGGUGAAUGAAUUUGAAAAGAAAAGACAAGUACCACUGUUUAUAAUUUAAUACCUCGGUCAUAUUUGCUCUACGGCGGUCGUACAGGGAACUGUUUUAACAUUUUUGUACCAGCUACAUGUAGGUGGUUUGAAUGAAAAUGAAUUAAACGGCCUUUAUCGACUCGCUUUACAGCAGAUGUGACGGAGGUACUCUUAGUAAUUAAAAGCUAACUGGAUUAAUGUAAUCAUUAUGGCUUUGUCUUUAACUCAUUCAGCCCUUCUGUGUCAUUGAUUGGUGUAGCCUGAUACCAGAUGGGAUACAACACUUUUCCUUUUAAGCACAAAAAUCUAAUAUACUUUUGAUUUCUAUAAUCCAGGGUCUAAAGUGCUAACACCAAAAUGUCAUUGAUAAGGAAACAUGAAAUGUGUAUUUGUAAGUUUGCAAGAAGCACGAAAACAGUAUGCUAGUACACGCUUGACUGUCAGGAUUUGUAAGAAAUGGGGUCCGUUGCACAAAGCUGAGCAAUCAUAAUAGACCUUUUUUUUACGAUUGAUUACAUUGACUACAAUGUAUAAAUAAUCAUGGAAAUCAAGCGUAAGAUUAAUCACUAACCUUUGUGUUACGGGACCCUGGAGUGUUUGCAAAUUUGUCCCCCCAAGCAGAUACUCUCGGCUUGGGGAUUGUCGCUUGUUUCAAUGGCACCUUGUAGUUUGUCUGUAAAGAGGUUUUGCUAUUUUGUAAAUGUAUUUAUUGUAAUAUGAAGAGAGUGAAGUAAAUGAUUGUCGAAAUGUGUGAAUUUUGAAAGGAUUAUUUUUACCCUCCACGCAGGUAAGAAAAAAAAACAGCAUCAUUAUACCUACUCGGGGAAAGAUACAAGUGCAGGAUUCUCCUUAAAUUCUUGAUUUUAAUGUCAAAUUACUGGUUAAAUUGCACUAAUUUGAUGUUCUGUUUUAAACAAAUCUUCAAUUGUAGGAAUACGUAUUUGUUUCUUUCACACCGAAGUUAUUUGCCAUUGAUGUUGAACAUUUUUAAAAUCAAAGAAAUGAGAAUUGCUAGAUAUUAGACUCGAGCAAAAAAAAAGAAACAAAGAAGUAAAGAAGUCAAUAACAUCUUGCACAUCUCACAUAUUUGGCAGUUGGCACUAGUGGAUGAUGACUUGAUGCAAAUUUACGUACAGCUAAGGAAUACUUUUUGUUCAUCAUUCAAUACUUGCAUCACAUUCUAUUUGGUCAGAUUAUGUGAUAUCAAUUCUACCUGCAUUUAACUUUCUGCAUGGAUUUUAUAUAAAUUAUUUCUUUGGCAAAUGAUUUCCUAAACUUACCUUUCAGUAAACCACCAAUUAUGCAUGGAUGGUGUUGGUAUGUGUGUGAGUUAGAGAGGGAGAGAGGGGGGGGGGGGGUAGGAAAGGAGGGGAGAGUAAGAGAGUGUGGGGAGGGGGGGGAGGGGUGAGAGAGGGAAAGAGAGUUCUUUGUUCAGCUUUGCCUAAGACAUUGCAAUCCAUUUUCUUUUCUUUGUAAUCUAUGAGCAUAAUUCCUAUAGAUUCCUUUCCUCAAACUACAGAGUUAAAUCUAUAAUAUCUGAUGGCUUAGUCUGUACCUACCAUGUACAACAGAGAGAUAAUAUUCCUCAUAAACAGUUACGUUGGCAGGAUCUACCAAUGCAAUGUAAUCUUAUUGUAACUUUAUUCUAGGAGGCCUAUUCCCAUUGGUCUAAUCCAGCAUUAUCUAACUACUCUCUUCAUAAUUAUGUUUCUAGUAUUUUACCCACUGUGAUUAAACCAAUUUACUAUUCUAAUUCCGGUCAGGCUCGGUCCAUUGUGUUUAGAACCCACUUGGUCUAAAUGAUCUAUUUGUGUAAGACCACAAUACACAAACACCUGUAGUGGGAGUGGUCACCAGACAGAGUAAAUCAAAUCAAAAUCAAAAGUGGUGGUUAGUUUACCUGAAUGCCUGUUAGUAAGCAGACAGAUGGCUUAAGGUCCUAUCUGAGGGACCUGGUAACAACUUCAUCAAAGGUGCACUCACCGGGUUUCAUCCCUGAAAUAAAGCAUGAAUGUUUGUUAUUACAAAAACAAACAAAUGACAGAUGGCUUAAAGGUCCUAUCUGAGGGACCUGGUAAUGAGGAACUGGGUUUCAAACCCGGGUAGAAGUAUCGUGAACCCACCACUCUCCCAACCGAGUUAUCACGCCUUGAGAUGACCGAUUGGGAAAAGUUGGGACUAGACCAAGUUAGACUAAACAAAGUUUGGACCACACCUAUGGUCACAGCCAUUGUGGCAUUAUACCAACUUGUAUCAUACCAAGGGGCUGUAUAUAAUAUUUCAAAUGCAAAGUGUAUAUCUGUUCCAACUGAACAUGGACACUGUACAAAAUAUCUCAUAAAAAGUAUGAUUAUGGUACACUGAAGGAGACAUUAAAGGGCUAUAUAAAAUGUAGACUAAACACAAAAUGUCUCCAUUGCUAUGUUACAUUUAAAGAGACAAUGCAAGACUUCAGUAAAUGUCACCCUGAGGUAUGGCUAUGGUACUCUUAGAGAGACAUAUCAGUGACCCGUUGCAUAAAAGUUAACCAUUAUAGUAACUUUGCCAUCCAACGGUAACUACGAUGGAAUCCUUGAUUCACAUUGGCUGUUAAGCAUUGUUACCAUGGUAAUGACCAUGAUACCAUGUUACCAUGAUAGUAACUUUUACACAACAGGGGCCUGGACUAUAGAUGAUGUCUCUGUAAAAUAUGACUACUUUACACUUAUGGAGACAUUAUUUUCAUCUGGACACAAGUGCCACAAGAGAAAACGCACUUUCAGGGAUAAGACGUACAUAUACAUUAUCAAUAUUUUUGUACAUGAUAAACUGGACCAAACCACCGAUUUGAGAUUCACAUUGAUUUGGGGAUCCUUCACCCUGAAGAAGCUCUUAAUUUGCUUAUUAUUUGACCAAUGAAUUUAAAGCUUUCCAACUUAUGUUUGUUUGCAACUGUAAUCUAAUUUUCCUUGCUUUCCUUUCGAUGUAUGUUAACUUAUAAGGAGAUUCAGAUAUGUAUGCAAUAUAUGUAUAUUUAAACUAAGAACAGGUAUAGAACAUGUCACUAUCUAAUGCCGAUUCUGAAAAGCAACUUUUUUCUCUUUAGCUAGGAAAUGUUUUUAGAUUGUUAAAGGAUUCUGUUGAAGCACAAACGCGCUGUAGGGCAUUCAUGGUGUGAGUUAUAUGCUGUCUUCACAAUUCAAAUCAUUUCACUUUGUAUACACAUGCUGUGAAGAAGAUGACUAGAUAUUCACAUUGUAGAUGAUUUGACAGAAAAUAGGAUUUGGGGAAAAAGCAUAGUUUAAAGGGGUAGUCGACCCAGGUUAAAUGAAUGUUCAGUGAAACCUGCCUAUAAUGACCACUCAAGGGAAACACAAAAUUUGGCCUUUAUAGACAGGUGGCUGCUAUAGAUAGGUUCUUAUACACAUAAUAUACCUCCAUAGGAAUCAGUUUAAGUGGUCACUAUGGACAGUGGCUGUUUCGCUGCUAUAGACAAGUUCUUAUACACACAGUCUGCCUCCAUGGGAGUCAAUUUUAGUGGUCACUACAGACGGGUGGCUGCUGUAGACAGGCUCUUAUACACACAUUCUGCCACCAUGGGAAUCAGUUUUAGUGGUCUCUAUAGGCAGUUAGCCACUAUAGACAGGUGGCCACUAACACAGGUAAAUUCAUACAAAGUGAAUGAAUAAUAACAUAUUACAGUGCAUAGUUUAAGUUUGCAUUGAUUUUGCAAUCCAAAAAGUGAACAAGAAUUAUGGAGAUGCUGAUGUGAUGUCAUGGUUACCUUUUCUUACGUAUUUCAUAAAAAUGAAUUAACAAAUAUUUCAUUUUUCUCAUAAUAUAAGAAAAAGGUAAUCUUAUGACAUUGUUGGCUCUUUAAUAUGCGUGCAACCCACAUGUAUUAUAUGCAAACUUACAGAAAAAUGUAACUUAUUUUCUAUCUGAAGUUGAUGGAAUUAUUAGUUUCAUUUGUUUUUUUUUUCUUUCUUGGUAUCCUGGUUGAUUACCCCUUUAAGAUGUGUGCAUUCCAUAAUUUUUUUUCACUCAGAAAGAAGAAAUACAAUAAUCAUUUAUGUGCAUUGUAAUGUAUUGAUAAUUUGCACAUUUUUACUGUAAUUAUUCUCAGAUUUAUAGUUUAUUGGUGAUGUAAACUUCUUUCAAAGAUAUGUUAUUGAUUCACCCAGUGUCUCACAAUUUAGUGUUAUAUAGUUUGGCAAGUUUCUGUAGCAAGAAAACACGGCAUAGGUACAAGUUAUCUUGCAAAACACGGGGUUUUGUACUAUAUUCACUUUUCUAUCAAACGAUGAAUCCUACCUAUUUCAAGUAUGUUAACUCGAAAAAAAAUGGAAAUACUGAAGUAUUUAAUUUUCAUGUCAUGUAUAUGUAGAUAAGGUAAUAAACGUCAGAUACGCCAA